GUUGAAAUAAGUUUGAUGCAAAAGCUGUAAAACUUGUGUAAUGCUUUUAUUUUUAAAUCUGAGGGAAAUAAAUGUCUGCAAUGCCGUAUUCUCAAAGUCACCUUCAAUGACAGAUGUAACUAAAGAAAACCAAGAGGAUUUAAAAUCAACAAUUCUUGCAAACACCAGCAAUAAAAUCUGCAGUUCAUCUCAAUACAGUAUGACCUCAAUCAUAAUUCAAUACAUAAACACUCCGAAAAUUUUAAAGACCAGCUAAAGAUAUCCAAGAUUCAGAAUGGCAGCUUGUUUUUCUUCUGGUUCUGUGUUAGCUUGCCCACGAGUGUAUGUCAUAUCUCACAUACCAAAUAUGGCAGAGUGCUUAAAAGCAUGUGCCUUACCAGGAAUUGAAAUAAAAUCUGUUGAUGUAUCUGAUGUAUCUGAGAAAGAUCCUGUAUUCAGUGAAGAAAAAAUUAAUGCAUUCAAAAGUGCCGAGAUUGUUGUAUGUGAUGGAAAUUUAUUAGCAAAAAUUUAUAAGAGCAUGCCAGAUUUAAAGUGGGCGCACUGCACAUGGGCUGGAGUUGAUUCACUAAUCAAGGAAAUAAAGGAAAAACCUUCUUUUACCCUCACUAGGCAUAGUGGUGUAGCCUUCUGUGGAAUGAUGGCUGAAUACGUUAUGUGUCAUAUAUUAAACUGUGAAAGGCAGACUAAACUAUGUUGGAAACAUCAAAAUUCAAAAAUUUGGUCACAAGACGGAAAAAUAAGCUCCUAUCGCUCUCUGGACGAAUUAACUAUUUCUAUCUUGGGAGUUGGCAACAUGGCAUCUGAAAUUGCUAAAAUUUUAAAAGCUCGGGGGGCUACUGUUUUUGGUUUUGCUAGACACUCUCGUUCUCCUAAUCAGUUUGGCGAAUUUGAUAAAAUUUCCAACAAGUUGGAAGAUAUUCUUUCGGACUGUGAUUAUUUGUGCAAUACGUUACCUAGCACCCCAUUAACACGUGGAAUCUUGAGUGCCUCUGUGCUCCGGAAUUGCAAGAAGAAUCCUGUUUUUAUCAAUGUUGGAAGAGGAGAUGUUAUUCCCGAGGUGGAGUUACUUCAGGCUCUAAGGACGGGAUGCCUUUCUGGUUCUGUACUAGACGUUUUUGAAACUGAGCCCUUACCUAAAUCAAGUCAGCUAUGGCACAUGCCAGAAGUAACCAUCACGCCUCAUGUAGCUGCUAUAUCAAAACCUGAACACAUUGCAGAAGAAUUCUUUAAUGUGUUUUUGAGGUAUGUUGAAGGACAUGAGCUAAAAAAUGUUGUUAGAUGGUCUGAUGGAUAUUGAAAUCAGCAGGUGAACUAAAGCAAAUGAUUACUUGAGAAAACGGAAGGAUUUAUUUACUUCUCCUUAAUUCAUGUGAUAUGUAUUGCCAAUUUGUAUAUUUUUAUGUGAUUUCUAAGUAACUUUAAAUAAAAAUAUCAGUUUAA